AAGCCUCCCACAGCCCAGGAAUGCAGGCAUGAAAUCCAGAAUGAGAAAGGAACUACACAGCCACAGAUAACAGAGCCAUAAAGAUGCUGGGCAUGUAUGUGCCAGACAGAUUUUCUCUGAAGUCUUCCAAGGUCCAAGAUGGGAUGGGGAUAUACACCAGCAGGAGAGUGAAAAAGGGAGAGAAGUUUGGACCAUUUGCUGGAGAAAAGCGGAUUCCAAAUGAAGUGGAUAAAAUCAUGGAUAACAGAUUAAUGUGGGAGGUCCGGGGGAAUAAAGGAGAAGUACUGUAUAUUUUGGAUGCCACAAAUCCACGCCAUUCCAAUUGGUUACGCUUCGUCCAUGAGGCACCGUCCCAGGAGCAAAAGAACUUGGCAGCUAUUCAGGAAGGAGAGAACAUAUUUUAUUUGGCAAUUGAUGACAUAGACACAGACACUGAACUACUUAUUGGCUACCUAGACAGCGAUAUGGAAGAAGCUGAAGAAGAGACCAAAGAAGUUGUGAGUGUGGUGACCAAAGAAGAGGAAGAGAGCAUCAAAGAAGUUCAGCAAUCUGGGGAGAAAAGUGAAACAGAGCACAGCAAUUGUAAAGAUGAUCAUGACUGCCCACUUUGUGAGUCUAAUUUCCCAAGUCAGGAAAUCUUAGCAGAACAUCUUCAAGCUUUGCAUCAAAAGCCAAGUGAAGAAAAGGAGUUCAAGUGUAGAAAUUGUGGGAAGAAGUUUCCAGUAAAACAAGCUCUCCAACGACAUGUACUUCAGUGCUCAGAAAGUAUCAUCUCCGGUGACACUUCAGGGAGUUAUCAGUGUUCUGGUUGCAAUACCUUCUUCGGCUCAGCGUUGAGCUUUGACCAACACAAAGAAGCCUGUAAAGGAGAUGUGAGGUUUAUAUGCAAGUCUGAUAGUUGCGGGAAGAAAUUUAGAAGCAAAGAUGCCCUGAAAAAACACAAAGAGAAUGUGCAUGUCACAUUUCCUUCGACUCCCUUCUACACCAAAAUGCAUAGAUACGAAGGAAAUUCUAAAAAGAGGUUGAUGUGCACAGUCUGUAACAAAAAAUGUUCAUCGUCAGUUAACCUCCAAGAUCAUCGAAAGGUUCAUGAGAUCUAUGAGUGUCAGGACUGCGACAAGAAAUUUAUAUCCGCUAACCAGCUUAGACGCCAUAUGAUAACCCAUUCAGAGAAGCGCCCCUACACCUGCGAGGUUUGCUGUAAGUCCUUCAAACGACUUGAUCAAGUGACCGCACACAAAAUAAUCCACAGCGAGGACAAGCCUUACCAGUGCAAGCUCUGCGGGAAAGGAUUUGCCCACAGAAAUGUUUACAAGAAUCACAAGAAGACACAUUCAGAGGAGAGACCAUUCCAGUGCGAGGAAUGUAAGGCUUUGUUCCGCACUCCCUUCUCACUGCAAAGGCACCUGCUAAUACACAACAGUGAACGUACUUUUAAGUGUGAUCACUGUGAUGCUACAUUUAAAAGGAAAGACACAUUAAAUGUCCAUAUACAAGUUGUACAUGAUGGCCAUAAGAAGUACAAAUGCGACCUUUGUGACAAAGCUUUUGUGACUCCAUCUGUACUAAAGAGCCACAAAAAAACUCACACAGGGGAAAAAGAGAAAAUUUGCCCUUACUGUGGCCAGAAGUUUGCAAGCAAUGGGACACUUAGAGUUCACAUACGAAGCCAUACAGGUGAGCGCCCCUACCAGUGUCCUUACUGUGACAAAGCCUUCAGUAAGAAUGACGGAUUAAAAAUGCAUAUUCGGACACAUACUAGGGAAAAGCCAUACCAGUGCUCAGAAUGCAAUAAGGCUUUCAGCCAGAAGCGAGGACUUGAUGAGCACAUGAGGACGCACACUGGAGAGAAACCAUUCCAAUGUGAUGUUUGUGACCUAUCAUUCUCACUCAAAAAAAUGUUGAUCCGACACAAGCUGACCCAUAAUCCAAAUCGUCCUAUGGCAGAGUGCCAGCUUUGCCACAAAAAGUUUACAAGAAAUGACUACCUCAAGGUGCAUAUGGAGAAUGUGCAUGGAGAGACCGACAGUUAGUUUGCAGCUACCAGAGCUUCUACCAUGAAAUUUGUUUACUUGGACGGUACACAACAGAGUUUCAUGUCUGAGACAUACCGUAUUUGUUAAAUUGACUUCAGCAUGGCUCUGCAUUUUUGUGGAGCUACGACAAGUAUGCUGGAUCUUAUAUAUUUCAGGUGGCUCAACCAACAGACUACCAAAGAAUUAGGUGCACUCUCCUAUGGCGACACCCCCACCAAUGUAGUUGCAAAGGGAAAUAGUAUAGUAGUGGAGGGCACUCUAAAAUCUGGUCCUUUAUAUGGAAAAAGAUAUCUAUUUCCAAGAUAUUUCCUUCAAAAAAGCAAUUUUAUUUAUAAAAACUAUAUAAGAAUGUUCUAAUGAAAAUAAAAGAUAAAAAUAUAUAAUAAAAAAAGGGAAAUAGUAAAAGGGAAAUAAUAAAACCAAUACUUUAUCUGUCUAUAUCCUUAUUCAGGCAUAGAUCUGCCUAUAAUAUUGCGAUUUCCAAUAAUGUAUGCAGGGAUUCAAUGAUAAUUCGUAAGGAUAUAGAGUACUCAAUCAUCACAGUACACAUAAUCACAUGUUCCGCUGGAUACAUAAAAUCACAUGUUACACUGAAUACAUAUGUUUUUUUACUGGAUACAAAACGUUCCCACUGAGUAAAAAAAAUUCUGCUGAAUACAAAAAUUUCUGCUGAAUAAAAAACUAUUACUGGAUAUAAAGAAAGAGUUUGUCCAUGUGUAUCCUAGUAUUUGGGCAAAAAUCUGCGUAUUUAGUUGUAGUUAGUUACUCCAGG